AUGCCGAAAUCAGAUGUUGAAAAUGAAAAAGAUCAGGUAUGUUAAAGGGUUUGUAUUUUGUUAGGGGGACUUAGUAACUUUGGCUUCUCGAAAACUUUCAAAACGUUCUCAAUAAAUUCUAAAUCUAGAUUUCACGUAACAAAGCAAGUUUGCUCUAUCGCACACAUAGUUUAUUUGUGUGUACUUCUCGCGGAAUUCAUAGCUUCUGGAAUAUUCCUUUUUUUUCGAAUUCUUCAAUCAAGUUUAUUCAGUUAAUUGAAAAUAAUUCUUUAAUAAUUUCAAAUAGAAUAAAAAUCAUAUAUGAUUUUCAAAAAUAACUAGAAAACCAAAAAAAAAAACAAAAUUUCUCCUCCUCAAAAAAUGGAAGCUCUUGUGAAAUCUGAUAUUUCGACUUUGAUGGUGCGGCGCGGCUUCCAAGAUUCCAUCCCUCCCUCCCAAUUUUUUGCUAUGUCUCGUCUCUUCUUCCAAUAUUUUUCCGCGUGUUGUUCCCGAAAAAACACACGAAUAAAUAUAGUUUUUUCUCCUACAUCAUUACGUAUUUUUAAAUAUUCUUGAUAAGAAAAGAGGUUGAGUUGUGUUGUAGGGAGAAAGAAGAACGAGUGAAUGACGUGUUAAGAUGAGUCAGUCAGCUGUACUGAUGUUUCUUAGAGCGGUUUGCUUUUUUGAUGAUUAGGUCGCGAGAAUAGACGCAGUCUGAAAACCUGCGCUUCAAAAAACAAAUGCACACGCUGCCUCGAACUAUCACCUUGUGCAGCAAAACCGAAAGCCAUGCUUACGUUUAGAAUUCGUGCCGAGAUUAUUAAAUUUAUAAUUUCCAAUCUGAAAUUGCAAGAUGAAAUUUUCCAGCGAGUUAAAAUUUUUUUGAAAAAUCAACGCGCGUUGCGAGACACAGGAGAAAAAUUGUGUGCGCCUUUGAGGGGUACGGUUGAAGUAUUCGUGAAUUUUUAUUUAUUUAUUUUCUUUUUUUGAGGGUUUGAGCGCUUCAAUUUCUCGAACAUCUAACAUGCCUAUUGUAACUACAGGGGAUUAUUUUCAAAAUGGCAACCCCCCCUUUUCUGACUUUGAGAAUAGAUUACACUAAAAGUAUAACAGUUGGGAACCCUGCGAUUCUCUCUAACUACACUUAACGAAGAGUAUACUAGUUUUUCAAAACUCCAAAACUUUACCACUACUCCAGUUUAAACUCACCUUUAGCUUUCGAAUUCAAAAUUCUCAAAAUUUAACAUCGUUUCACUUUUUCCCUCACAAAUAAGAGCAUCUUGUGGUGUGAUUCUAAUAUAUUUUCAAUCUUUUUCUCAUUAUUGCUUUUUGGGUUGCUCUUCUCUCGCAUUCUCUUCACAGCCAAAAUUGUGCCUCAGGGCGAUCGUUUCAAGUAUCUAUUUUGAAUUUUCCAAAUUUCCAAGCCAAAAAAUCACAUUUUUUAUCCAAUAGAUCUACACGAAUUUAGAAACACCUGAAAAAUCAAUAAUUAAAGACAAAAAGGGUAUUCUCGUGUCUCUCCCUCUUUUUUUCCUCUUUAUUCAUUUCUACCACUUCAAUUUUUCGUCCGUUUCUCCCCAUAUCCAUUACGAGUACUUUAUAUUAUUUUAUAUUAUUAUUGGGUCAAUUGCAAAAAUAGUUUUUCAAGAUUUCCUCUUCGUGCGUCGCGACUACGAUCAAGGACAGCAGCAGCAAAAAGAAUAAUCCGAAAGGAGACAAAAAACCUAUUAUAAAAACUGAAAUGCUAGCGGCUGAAAAUGUCGAAUCAGGAGGAAUUGCAGUUUCGAGUUCACUUCCAGAUUCUGGAAUUGCUUCUUCCACUACAAAUCCAUCAAUUAUUCAACCAACUGUAUCUGCAAUUGACACAAGUUCGCUCUAUCAGAAUGUGCAGGUGAGAUUUUUUGAAAAAUUCAAAAUUGUUGUUCGAUAGAGCGCAGUUAACCCAACCUAACCUAGUUUCCAAAAAAGUUCAGUGUGUCAAUUAUGAUUGAAUUCUCAAAUAUUUACAUUCUUUCUCAAAUAAUAAUAAUGCAAAUAUUCGUCGUCUGCGUCUCUCAUCUCUUACUCGCUUCAAUUUUUUGCAAACUAUUUUCUAGUUUAGUUUAAGAUGAGCAACAUUUUUCGCAUCACCCGUCCCUUAAAUUUUUUAGGUUCUUAAAGUAAUAGUAUGCUAAUAUUCAUAUUGAUAAGAAUAGAUAUGGGCCAAAACGAGGUUAUCGUGUAUUUCUCUCAUUUUCUCUUAUUUUUCAAUAGUCUCUCGUGUCGUCUCUCUGGAGACGGGACUGUUUUUGGUAUUAUCAGCCAAGCACCGAAAGAACUAUAUUUUUUAUUUUUUUUGUGGGGUGGGUGAUAGAACAUAUGAUUUUUUUUGGUUCCGAUUUUUUUUUGUAUAGUUGGAAAGAAUUCCAGAAGAUAACAUUUUUGUUUUUUUUUGCAUUUUUGAAAUUAGAAAUGAGCUAGGAAUUGAUUGACGCGUGGAUAAAUUCACGUUUUAAAUUAAGCGACGCUUUUUUGGAACCAACAAGUUUAUUUUCACAUUUCAUGAAAUAAUCUAAAAAUUUCUAAUUAAUUUGGAUGUUUUCUCUGCAAAAACGAGUAAAUUUUCGGAGCAUGAAAAUUUCAAGACAUAGAGAAAUUCUCGAAAUUUUACGUUAGAAAUUCUAGAACAAAUCGUAGAUUUUUGGUCCAUAAAAAUUCAAAAUUAUUUGUGAAACCUCGUGCACCUAGUUUCUAUUCAGAAAAUCUGAUACUAAUGAAAAAGUUUUGAAAAUCCAUAGCCCUAAUUUUGAGCUCUUAAAAAUAUAUAAUUUCAACCCAACUUUAAGUUUCCCUAGAAAACCCAAAAUCCUGAAAAAAACCCAAAAAAGUAAGAAAAAAUAAAAAUAAAUCAAGCAAUGGUCAUCUUCUUCUUGUUCAGAAGUAAAAAAGAAGGACACAUGCGUAAAAGAAGCCAAAUAUUUAUUCAAUUUCUUCGUCUUUUUUCAUUUAUUUAUUUAUCCAAACCCGGUGGGGUCUCUCUAGAUCUUUUUUCGUCCACAAAUAUUUGCUUGCUUGUUGGUGUGCCCCACUCAAAUUUCGGACCUCUGAAAUUUCAUUUUCAGUGAAACCAACAUUUUUCGAAUUCCCGCACAAGAACAGACAGCAAAAAAGGGGCGUGGUGAAGUGGUGCGCGAGAGGAGUACUGUAGGGGAAAAAGGAGGGGGAGAGAAAAGGGAAAAUGGGCGGAGCCAAGGAAUCGGAGAGGAAGGUGUGCUGCGCGGACAGACACACUCUCUCUUUUCCAUCACAAAGACAUCACCCCGUUUCGAUUUUAGGUGCUCUUCGUUUUUUUCUAGAAAUAUUUCAGAACUGUUUUUUCCUUUUCCUUUUUUGUUCUUCGUUCAAAAAACAAAUCUGAACUCAUCCUGAAAAAAAAGAAGAACAAUAUUUGUUAUCUAUCUGUAAAUAUUUGUUAUGUUUGAAAACAAAUAUAAAUUAUUUACAUAACUCGAAAAUUAAUUGAUUAAUUGUUUUUGUUUCUAGGGAAUGAGCGCUCAAGAUUAUGCAUCAGUUCUUCCGACAUAUUCAAUAACUUCGGCUUCCUAUCCACCAUAUCAAUAUGGAGCAUCAGCAAAUGGUCUAAACGGGCUUGCUUAUAAUAAUUAUCAAUAUGGAGCAACUCCAACAUCAGGAGCCAGUACAGCCACAAAUGCACAAAUCAAUUCAACAUACGGUGGAUUUAUGCCAAGUGGAAUAUCGCCAAUUGGUAAGUAUACUUUUUCCUUUUUUCCGUCGUUUUCUCCCUCGGCUAAAUGUAACUUGAUAUCUCUCAUCAUAUUUUAUUCAUUUUUUCCUUCUUCUUCAGGAUCUGCAUUCGCUAACACAUCUUCAUCCGCAACUUCGACAACAACAUCAAGAAAUUCAAGGAAUGGUGGAUCGACAGUGGCAGCAGCUAGCAGUUCACCAGUUGGUAGAAGUUAUUCUUCAGCUGGAGGUGCUGGACAAGAAUUGACUACUCAAGAAUUUGUAAGUCACUUUUUUAAAAUUUGAAUCACAGAUUUUUCUACUGUAAGAACUCAUCUCCACUCUCCCAUACAAAAAGUUCCAGCUCAAUCUAUGAUAUUUCAGGAACACGUUCAAGAAAAAAUCCGACGAAACGGAACAUAUGGACACUCCAAACCUCCAUAUUCCUACAUUUCCUUAAUCACAAUGGCUAUCCAAAAAUCUGACGCUAGAAUGUUAACUUUGUCCGAAAUCUAUCAAUGGAUCAUGGAACUCUUCCCAUAUUAUCGACAGAAUCAACAACGUUGGCAAAACUCAAUCCGUCACUCGCUAUCCUUCAAUGAUUGCUUUGUUAAAGUUCCAAGGUUCGUUUAUAUUUUUAUUUUCAUUUUUUUAUUCGAUUUUAUAUAAUUGAUUUGAAUCGCGAAAAAGAGAAGGUCAUUCUCUUUUCGGGCACGGCGCCAACGAGCCAUGAAAGAUGAGAUUCGGAAGUGUGAGAAACACACAAAAUACCGCAAAAACUAUUUUAUUUGAUAUCAUAUAUGCUAUAUAUAUAUAUAACCAGUUGUUUUACAGAACUCCAGACAAGCCAGGAAAAGGAUCAUUCUGGACACUUCACGCGCUUUGUGGAAAUAUGUUUGAAAACGGAUGUUAUUUGAGAAGACAGAAACGAUUCAAAGUGAAAGAGCGUGAACCAAGCCGAAAGAAGAGAAAUCAAUCAUCGCAAAAUCAAGCAUUAAAUGUGUCAAAAUCGGAAAAUAAAGAUAGCGAAGAUAGUUUCUCCGAUGACCAAAAAAUCAAAAAUGAGCUUAUUGAAAGCAGCAAAAAUUCAGCGGACAUUGAUUUAUGCACACCACAAGCAACAUCAGUUAUUUCAACAGUUGGUAGCCUCGGAGUUCCUGGAAGUCUUGGUGUUCCAUCUGGCAUGAAUCAAUAUCACAAUCAAUAUAAUAAUUUGUAUGCUUCAACGGAUUUUUCAGCGACGGCUGGACUUCCAGCACUUUCUAUGGGAUCAUUUACAAUUAAUCAACUUAUGGAUUCAUCAAAAGCAUUUGAUUAUAAUAUUUAUAAUACAAAUGGAAUGUAUCCAGCAAGUAAUACAGCUAGCAAUGAUUAUUCAGGAUAUCAACAUACUUUAUACAGGUAAUUUGAAACUUUCUGGAUUCGAAUAAUUUUGUUUCUAAAACUCAUAUUUUUUCAGCUCGACCAAUCCAAACUCAGCUGCCAAUCUCUAG